AUGGCGACUACCAAGGUGCCAAUAUAUUCUACAAAUGAUCUCAAAUCCACUAGUGAUGACGCUCUGGCACCCUACCUCACCAAUCUUCCCGCCCCUUACACCUUCACCCCAGACUACACCAAGUCCAACAUCCGCUUCGUACUGGGCUACACCGCCGUCGCAAUCGCUGCGUUCACCUUCUAUGCAGACCGUAAACUCGGUUGGGAGGCAACAACCUCACCAUGGAUUAUCGCUGCUGUUGGCUCAUACUUUAUCUUAAACACCGCCCUAACAUUCUGGAUAUGGGCUGUCGAGGCGGGCGAGGUAUUCCACGGCAAAAGGAAGACUGGAGAAACGAUCACCAUCUCCUCGUCCGUAAACAAGAACAGCCUCCCCUACAAGCUUCACAUUGUUUACAAGGCUCCCUCGGGGAAAGUCCUUCAGGAUAAGCGCAUCGAAGCACCAUUCACCAACUGGUUCUCAGCAGAUGGCGUUUUCCACCCGGAGCCAUACCGCAGCUGGCUCGCAAGCGAGAUUGAUGUCUUGAGAUUGGCAGCCAAAGAGAUCGAGAAGAAGAAAUAG